UAUAUACACCAUGUGGUAUAUAUCUCAGUAUAUAUACACUGUGUGGUGUAUAUCUCAGUGUAUACAUACAAUUGUGCUCCUGACGAAGAACUCGCAGGUGAAAGACCUUGAAACACAACUGUGGUCCUGAGGAUGAACAGUUCAUGGGAGGUGAGAGGCCUGGAGGAUGGCGGUGCACCGGUGGGUUGGAUCCGGGCGGCUCAGGUGUGGGCGUGGACGGUGUCCGUGGUGGGCGGCACUGGCAACCUGGUCACUGUCUGCACGGUGGUGCACCAGCUACACCUCGGGCGACUGCACCAUCGGGGCCGAUACUACCAAGAUGGCCACUACCACCAAGAUGGCCACCACCAGGAUGGCCACCAGCAAGAUGGCCACCUGCAAGAUGACCGUCCAUCACUGAGGGCACAGGGUGACACUCUCCUCCUGCUCCACCUCAGUGCCUGUGACCUCGUCUACUGCGCCAUCAACCUUCCCGUCACUGCCAUCACCUACAACUAUGCCAUCGCCGCCGCCGCUCCACCAUCCCGCCUCUACUGCACCGCCGCUGCCAUGUUCCGCUACGUCAAUGCCCUGGCAGAGUGGACCACCCUAGGCCUAUUGACUGUCCAGAGGUGCGUAGACCUAGGACGCUGGCCCGGCGCCCGCUUUUUCAAGCCUAGGCCUACCAUUCUCUUCAUUAUAGGCAUCUGGGUAGGCAGUGUCCUCCUCCAGCUGAACGCCAUCAUAGAGGUUAGGCGUACAAGUGCGAAGAGGAGCCCGACGACAGUUGUACUUCUAACUCUGGAGUCACUAUUACCUUGCUGUCUGAGGCUGGUGGGAUCUCUCAGCAUCAUCUGUCAGAUCUCCCGCAAUACCAGGAUGCUGAGGCAGGCUGGCAUGCCUAAGGAGCUAGUACGGCGUAGGUACCGACGAAUGCUGAGGUCUGCCGGGCUCCUACUUGCCCUGCUGCUGCUCUUCCUGGUCUGCGUGGUACCUAUCUGCCUCUACAACAUCGUGAACCUAGCUACCGACCGCGACGACGUGCCUAUAGGCAUAGCAAUAUUUAUGUUUUACUGGAUACAAUAUGGGGUUAAUUUUCUGGUCUACGGCGCCAGCAACCAGGCCUACCGGAAGGCCUAUGCCCAAUUUUUUAGGCAUAUGGCCGGCAUAGGCCGGGGUAAGCUGGCGUUGAGGGAUGGGGUAGGCCUAGGCUGGGCUGCCAGGGGGGUGGUAGAGGGGGGUCUGGUGGCUGCUAAGCCUAUAAAUGUGGAUAUAGGAGUGGGUAGGCCUACUGGAGGGGGUAGUAGAUGCCUGCUUGGGGGUGGGAGGUACCUGGGGUUCCACCUGGUACCUAAUUCCACCUCCAGUACCGAGAGUACUUCGUCUAGGAGGUCAGUAGGUACCCUGGAGUCUGGUACCUAA